AUGGCCGAGCUCCUCCUGGGGGAGGCGAAGCUGGAGCAGUACCUGAAGGAACACCCCCUGCGGCAGGGGGCUAGCCCCCGAGGCCCCAGGCCCCAGCUGACCGAGGUCCGCAAGCAUCUGACCGCCGCCCUGGACCGGGGCAACCUGAAGUCAGAGUUCCUACAAGAAUCCAAUCUGAUCAUGGCCAAGUUGAAUUAUGUGGAAGGAGAUUAUAAGGAGGCUCUCAACAUCUAUGCCCGGGCGGGCCUCGAUGAGCUGCCGCUGACCGCCGUCCCCCCUUACAGGCUGCGCAUGGUUGCGGAAGCCUACGCCACCAAAGGUCUUUGUUUAGAGAAGUUGCCUGUUUCCUCUUCUACCAGUAACCUCCACGUGGACCGGGAACAGGAUGUCGUCACCUGCUAUGAGAAGGCAGGCGACAUUGCCCUCCUGUACCUCCAAGAGAUAGAAAGGGUAAUACUUACCAAUAUUCAAAACAGAAGCCCUAAGCCCGGCCCUGCUCCCCACGAUCAAGAACUAGGUUUUUUCCUAGAAACAGGACUUCAGAGAGCCCAUGUCCUCUAUUUCAAAAAUGGGAACUUGACAAGAGGAGUCGGGAGAUUUAGAGAGAUCCUCAGAGCGGUAGAAACAAGAACAACUCAAAACCUGCGAAUGACGAUAGCCAGGCAGUUGGCGGAGAUCUUGUUGCGGGGGAUGUGUGAGCAGAGCUACUGGAACCCUCUGGAGGACCCACCCUGCCAGUCACCUCUGGACGAUCCCCUCCGGAAAGGAACGAACACAAAAACCUACACCCUCCCUCGGAAAGCCCGCGUCUACUCAGGAGAGAACAUUUUUUGUCCUCAAGAAAAUACUGAGGAAGCCCUCUUGUUACUGCUGAUCAGUGAGUCAAUGGCCAACCGGGACGCUGUGCUGAGCCGGAUCCCCGAGCACAAGAGUGACCGCCUCAUCAGCCUGCAGAGCGCAUCUGUGGUCUACGAUUUACUGACCAUUGCCCUUGGAAGAAGAGGCCAGUAUGAGAUGCUGUCGGAGUGCUUGGAAAGAGCCAUGAAGUUUGCCUUCGAGGAGUUCCAGCUGUGGUACCAGUUUGCUCUGUCCCUCAUGGCCGCGGGAAAAUCCGCCCGUGCCGUGAAGGUGCUGAAGGAGUGUAUCCGUCUGAAGCCUGACGAUGCCACCAUCCCGCUCCUCGCCGCGAAGCUGUGCAUGGGCUCCCUUCACUGGUUGGAAGAGGCCGAGAAGUUUGCCAAAACCGUCGUUGACGCGGGAGAGAAAACGUCAGAGUUCAAAGCCAAAGGCUACUUAGCUCUGGGGCUCACGUAUAGCCUGCAGGCCACUGACGCUUCCUUGCGAGGGAUGCAGGAGGUCCUACAGAGAAAGGCGCUUCUUGCAUUUCAGAGGGCCCACAGCCUGUCGCCUACGGAUCACCAAGCAGCUUUCUACCUGGCUCUGCAACUUGCCAUCUCCAGACAGAUACCAGAAGCUCUGGGGUACGUCCGCCAAGCUCUGCAACUUCAAGGCGACGAUGCCAACUCCUUGCACCUUCUUGCCCUCCUACUGUCUGCACAAAAGCACUACCACGACGCCCUAAAUAUCAUUGACAUGGCCCUGAGUGAAUAUCCAGAAAAUUUUAUACUACUGUUCUCCAAAGUGAAGGUGGAGUCGCUGUGCCGAGGCCCGGACGAGGCACUCCUCACGUGUAAGCACAUGCUGCAGAUAUGGAAGUCCUGCUACAACCUGACCAAUCCCAGUGACUCUGGACGUGGGAGCAGCCUCUUAGAUAGAACCAUUGCUGACAGACGACAGCUUAACACAAUUACUUUGCCAGACUUCAGCGAUCCCGAGACAGUGUCAGAUUCCUCCUCCUCCUCUUCUCUUUCAAGAACCGAAUCUCCUCUCCACCUGUUUGUAUCUCCUCAUCUUCAUUCUCCCAAACCUGACAUCUUUAUGUGGCCCCCUGCAGCUCAUUCAUUCAAUGACCCAGGUCCCCGCCGGGAGCCCUCUCUGUGCAACUCUCCAGAAGUACACUUUCAUGGUUUCCCCUCCCUUUUUUCAGUUAGCUCCAUCCACGCCACUUCAGUAGCAGCUUCGAGAGUGGAGCAGGCCCUGUCGGAAGUGGCCUCAUCUCUGCAGAGCAGCGCCCCCAAGCAGGGCCCGCUACACCCCUGGAUGACGUUGGCACAGAUCUGGCUCCAUGCAGCCGAGGUCUACAUCGGCAUCGGGAAGCCUGCAGAAGCCACAGCCUGCACUCAGGAAGCCGCCAACCUCUUCCCGAUGUCCCACAACGUCCUGUACAUGCGUGGCCAGGUUGCCGAGCUCCGGGGAAACCUCGAUGAAGCCCGGCGCUGGUAUGAAGAAGCCUUAUCCAUCAGUCCCACCCACGUGAAGAGCAUGCAGCGACUGGCCCUGAUCCUUCAUCAGCUGGGCCGCUACAGUCUGGCAGAGAAGAUCCUCCGCGACGCGGUGCAGGUGAACUCGACGGCCCACGAGGUCUGGAACGGGCUGGGCGAGGUCCUUCAAGCUCAGGGCAACGACGCGGCGGCCACCGAGUGCUUCCUGACGGCCCUGGAGCUGGAGGCCAGCAGCCCCGCCGUGCCCUUCACCAUCAUCCCCCGGGUGCUCUGAGCGGGCCCCUGCCAGCCUCACUGCCCCUCAGGCCCAGGAGCCCCGAGGCCGUGGCUGGACGUGCGACUGACCACAGCGAACUAACCAAACACGCCCCAGAUUGUCGCUCUCUCCACGUGCAUUUCUGUUGUUAUUUUGGCCAGCCCAGUGAUAGUCCCCGAGCCCACCGACAGAGUUCAAAAUGAAUUAUGUGCCAUAUUCUGUUAGCUGACAUCCGAGUUUUAAGCAAAACGAUAAUGGAAUUAAUGAGCAAAUGUAGAAGAAUAUAUCCAAAGUUGAAGUUCAGUGGCAGAGCAGAUUAUUUUUAUCAGAGCUGUAAAGAAAACCGCCCCCCCCCCCCCCCCCCGUCACCACGCCUCCCCCAACCUCGGCCGGGAAACCAAAUGUGAAUUUCCUGGUUCCCACCUCGGUCCUGGUCCAAGCCGGGACGCCAGCUGACAGUUUCUCGAUUUUGUUGUCAGUAACUGUACCAUGUGAUGAAUUCCUCUCCUCACUUAGAACAAAGCCUGAGUCCGAAAAUAUUUAUAUUGCACCAAUAUAUGCUGUUACCAGAGAAGGGAAAAGGAGCUAUUUAAGUUUAACUUUUUUAUGUGAAUUCAGAGUUUAUUUAUCGAUGGAAAUAUGUACAAAGAAGCUUCAAAUGGAAUAUUUACCGACAUUCCUUAUACAUGACAGACACUUGGCUAAAUGGGAAGAUGAUGUUAAUAAUAAAAUGAUUUUUAAAUGGA